CAUCCCAUCCCUGCGGCCCCGCAGGUGGGGCUGGCGGCGAUGGCCGAUGGCGAGGGUGGCUUCGGUGUGUUCACGGCCACCGCCCUGCCCGAGGACCCGCGGCUGCUGCCCACGGUCACCAACGCCUUCCUGGGCACCCGUGUGUUCCGGGACAUCCUGCACGCCGCCGGCGUGUACAGCGGGGCGGCGGGGGACACGCACCGCGCCGAUGUCCCCAGCCCGCUGGGGCUGCGCAUGGCAGCGCCCGGCGCCCACAGCCCGGCCCAGAGCUUCACCCUCAACACCUGGACAGGGACCUUCAGCCACACGAUUCGGGCCCCUGGCUACACGGCCACCCACCAGCUGUACGCCCACCACUCCCUGGUGCACCUGAUGGCCUGCAGCGUCACCAUCCGGCGCCUGGAUGGCUCCACACAUCCCGUCACCGUCCAGCUCCAGAGCCUGUUCGUGCCGCAGAGCCAGGACCUGCACUUGAUCCCAGGCCCAGACUUCCAGGGAGCGCACUACAUCUACGGGCAGACGCUGGUUCCCGAGGUGGAGGGGGGCCCCCGUCCCACCGUGCACAUGCUGUGGACCCCCAUCCCGCAGCGGCUGACGCUGUGCGGGGGGCAGCGGCGGCGGCGCUGGCAGUUCCUGGCGGCGGUGGCCGGCAGCGAGGAGGAGGCGAAGCGCAGCUACAGCGCGGGGCUGGCGCUGCUGGCCGCGGGCUCGCUGCACCGCUCGCACGUCCGCGCCUGGGCCGCGCUGCGCCGGGAGUGCUCCGUGCGCCUGGACGGGCCCGCGGCGCUGCGCCAGGCGCUGCACGGCUGCCUCCACUACCUGCUGAGCGCCCUGCCGCCCCGCCGCGGCCCCGCGGGCCCCUUCCACGGCAUCAGCCCCGGCGGCUUGGCCAACGGCACCCGCGGCGAGGACUACUGGGGACACGUCUUCUGGGACCAGGACACCUGGAUGUUCCCGAGCAUCCUGCUGCUCCACCCCGAGGCGGCCCGCGCCAUCCUGCACUACCGCGUCCGCACGCUGGAGGGCGCCAGGCGCAACGCGCGGGAGCAGGGCUACCAGGGAGCGAAGUUCCCGUGGGAGAGCGCAGCCACUGGCCGGGAGGUGUGUCCCGAGGAGAUCUACGGGGCCCAGGAAAUCCACGUCACCGGGGAUGUGCUGAUGGCCUUCGAGCAGUAUUACUGCACCACGCAGGACCUGAAGCUGUUCCGGGAGGAGGGGGGCUGGGAGCUGGUGGAAGCCGUGGCUCAGUACUGGUGCAGCAGGAUGGUGUGGAGUGAGGAGGAGCAGCUCUACCACAUCAGAGGUGUCAUGCCCCCAGACGAGUACCACAGCCAUGUGGAUAACUCUGCUUACACCAACGCCGUGGCCCGGCGCAGCUUAAAUUUUGCCACUGACUUGGCUCGGGACCUGCUGCUCCCAGCGCCAGAGGAGUGGGAGGACCGUGCCAGGAAAAUCAAAGUGCCCUUUGAUGAGGAGAGGAAAUAUCACCCUGAGUACGAUGGCUACAGCCCAGGUGAGCCGGUGAAACAGGCAGAUGUGGUGCUGCUGGGGUUCCCACUGAUGCAUCCCAUGAGUGCCGAGGUCCGCAGGAAUGACCUGGAGAUGUACGAGCCCGUCACCGACCCGGCCGGGCCAGCCAUGACCUGGAGCAUGUUUGCCGUGGGCUGGCUGGAGCUGAAGGAGCUGCAGAGAGCCCGGAGCCAGCUGGAAAAGUGCUUCAGCAACAUCACGGAGCCUUUCAAGGUCUGGGUGGAGAACUCGGAUGGGUCGGGAGCUGUGAACUUCCUGACAGGGAUGGGUGGAUUCCUGCAGGUCAUCCUCUUUGGCUUCACGGGGUUCAGGAUCACGAGGUCUCGCCUCCUCUUCGAUCCCACCUUUCCCGAUGGUAUCACCAAGCUGGAAGUCUCCAGCAUCUCCUACUUGGGCAACAAACUGGAGGUCAGCAUCACCGGGGAGGAGAUCAGGAUGGAAGUGACUGAGACCUCCCGGGACCCUCCGGCACCUCCGCUGGAAGCUGUGCUGGCGUCGGGACAGCGCUUUCCCCUGGGGGAAGGGCAGAGUGUCUCCUUCCCCACAGCCCCCGGGUGGAUCCAGAGGUCGCCCAGCAGGAUCCCCUAAAGCCUGACUGAUCCGGGUGCUGCCCUCUGGAGCAGCAGAGCCGGGAUGCUGCUGCAGGGGGAAGGGAACACUGGGUGGAAAGGGGGUGCCAGGCUGUGCCAGGAGGCCUUUGCCGCCCCAGGACUGUGUGUGCCACCUGUCCUUGUGGCCCCAGGGGGUCAGUGGCUGAAGCUGUCACCAUGGCUGGAGCUGUCACCAUGUCUGGGCCCCCCACUCCCCUCCACACAUCUCUUACUCAGCACACAAGAGGAAACCAAGCCUGAAAAUGACCAUUUCAAUUGUGUUUGCUGAACACCCACGAGUUGUUUAUGCUCUCAACAUGUUUGUGUGUCUAAGGAAGCCCAUUCCUCACUCCAGGAUCCUGACUCCAGCUCCUCCAGCAUGUCCUGCCCCUGGUCCUUGCCUUCCCCAUGUGUUGCUCUGUGGGCUCAAAGGGCUGUGGAGGCUCAGCCAGUGCUGUUUCACCAGAUGAAUGAUGUUUUGGCACUAAAUAUUACUCCAAAAUAUGCAGCUGAAAGCUUUUUAACCCCGUGUGGGCAGCACACAGCUCCACUCCUGUCAUUUGGUGUGUAACAUCCCUCACAUGUCUUUAAACCCUUGUCUACACUAUUCCCACUCUUUUCAAGCAGUUCUGGAGUUAAAUCCUUUCUCAUUUGGCGUCUGAAGGGCUGCAGGAUGACAUCUGUGGUGUUAUCCUGUCAGAUGGUGACAAGGGCAGCGUUUUUCCAUGCCUGAGCAGCCUCGGGGCGAGCAAAGAGCUGCUGUGGCUUUGCUCUGGGACGCAGUUUUUGGUGUCCCAGGAAUCCCAAGGAGUUCCCCUUCCUGCACAGGGUGGGCACGGUACCCCCAGCCCCUCUCUCUGGGCUGCCCAGCCUCCUCCCCUGCCCACCCUCCCUGUCCCCUGGGAGGGAGCAGGGAAUGCCGGAGGCGUUCCCUGCCCCGAGGGGUCUGUCCCGGCCAAGCCAACCCCAGGAAUCUCGGCCCGGGUUAUAAAAAGCCCCGCGGCUGCUCCGUGCCCCGAAGCAUCUGGGAAUGCUUAGGGCUGGAGCAGGGACUCUCCCGCUGCCGUGUAAUUAGUGUAAUUACUCGGGUGCUGCCAGCCCUUCAUUAGCGGCAGCUCUUGGCACGCCAGAGGGACCACGCUGUCCCCAGCCCUGUGCACCGGGAUUGGGAUGGGGCUGGGAUACAGGGCUAGCUGGCAGUAAAGGGGGUUUAGCCCAAAAAAGAGAUCCUUUAGUCCCAAAAUGAGCUGUCUCCAGCCCAGGCACGGAGAGCAGGGAGCACUGGGAGUGCUUCCCAACCCCCCCUGUCCUGGCUGGCAUGGCUGGGGAUGUCUGUGUUGCUGUCAUGAGUCUGCAGGUCUCAGCUCCAUUUGGGACACCCCCUUUGCUUCAUCCCAGAGCCCCAGCAGCAUCUCUGCUUCCUCCCCUCCUCAGUCCUGGGGCCAAAGGUGGCCCUAAAGGCUGUGGGAACAAUGGUGUCUCCUGGCUGCCAGGAGCUCCAUCAGAGCCAAAAAUCCCAAUUUAUGUUUUCCCUUUGGCACCCCCCUGCCCCUUUCCACAGGCAGAAACUCGGGCUGUGUGAAGCGUUUAAUGAUUUAAAUAGCGACCGCGGAAGCUGGGGCUCCACACGGGAAAAGGGGAGGUAAAAAAACCCACAGGAUAAACAAAAAUAACUGGGGUUGGGGAGCGGGGUGGCACACAGGGGUGGUGGCCUUUUGGGGGGGCCACCAGCGGC